AUGAAGACUUUGAAGAAUUUGCGAGGAUUUACAGCGGUUAGGCAUGAAAAAGAAGAGCGAAGGCAUCAGAAAUCUCUUGUUUUUAUUGAAGUCGAUCGAGCUAGCCAGGACAUGGUGGAUUUGAGAGACUGCUAUGAUAGGUUAUCUUCGGUUGCAGCAGAAACGGCAAACAACGCAUAUGAAUUCGCAGAAUCACUGGGGCAAAUGGGUGAUUGUCUGCUCGAGAAAACAGCUUUAAAUGAUGAUGAAGAAAGUGGAAAAGUUCUGUUGAUGCUGGGAAAAGUGCAGCUUGAACUUCAGAAAAUUGUUGAUGGUUAUCGCUCUAAUAUAUUUAAGACAAUCACCAUCCCAUCAGAUUCUAUUCUUAAUGAGCUAUGCAUAGUUGAGAUGGAUAAUGUGGAUACCUCAUCUCAUCCAAGCACUAAAUUAGGUGCAGCUAAGGAAAAUUUGGAAAGAAGUACUGGUCAAAAUUCUUUUGGCUUCCUCAGAGAGACUAUGAUAAUCAGCCAAUCAGCACCUAUAUUUCGUGAGAAGAAACUUGAUCCAGCUGGGCGGUCGAGACAGAUGCUGCCAUCACCAUCACACAGGUUUACAUCAUAUGUGCUACCCACACCAGUUGAGGCGAAGAGUCUUGGUUCUGGGAAAGCAGAUUUUGAAGAUCCAAAGCAUAAACAAGUGAGCCAUAACUUGUGGCAUUCAUCUCCUCUUGAUCAAAAUAAGCAUGAAAGAGUAGUAGAAAAUGAGAAAUCCUCUGGAUCUAUCCUCUUAGAUGCACAACAGGUGCUCACAGAGAGCAAUAAUAAUACAAAAAGCAGUCGAUUGCCCCCUUCAUUAUUGGAUGGCUUCUCAUCAAAACAGUUUGAUCCAAAUGUUGCAUUCGAUACUAGAAAAGUCAAAAGACAAGCUUUCUCCGGUCCAAUAACAGGCAAACCGUGGCCAAAGAACCCAAAUUUAUCUGCCAGUGGUCAUAUCAUUUCAUCAGAAUACCCUCUGCCAUUUUCUGGGUCUAUAUUGCGCACUCCAUUGCCUCAGCCAAUGUCAAUGCCCAAAUUAUUAUCACGUGUUUCACCUACUUUCAUGUCAUCACCUAUAAUAAGCGAACUUCAUGAGCUGCCUCGGCCCCCAGCUCAUCUACCUUCUAAUAGGCUCUCCAAUCACAUUGCUCAUUCAGGGCCUUUAGUAUCCAAAGGUCAUGAGCUACCUACUGCAAGCAUAUCAGCAACGUCUGUAGCAAAAUCUACACUUCCAAUGCCGCCUCAGACUAUUUAUCACAGUUAUUCUAUUUCCUCUGGAGGUCGAAAAGAAUCGGCACUGCAUGAACCUUCAGAAGCUUCUCAAAAUUUGAAGAUGACUGAAGCAAUUUCUUCACCUCCUUCAACACCCAUUUCAUUGCCUGAUGUACAACCAGCAGCACCACCUACACCGUAG